AUGAUUGAGAACUCGGACUCCCUCAUGAACAUUAGUCGCGGACGUCGAGUUCCCGUGGUGACGCGGAAGGUGAUGGAGGUCACGGUGUGGCCCGAGAAUAAGAAGCACCGACGAGGAGGUGGUGGGGGUCGACUCUUCACGGGGCACGGUGGGCGUAGGGGGCUCGAGCUGGACAACGACAAGGAGGACUUUGAGGCCGAUUUUGAGAAGUUCGAGGUUGACUCCAGGGACUAUGACCUGGAGCUCGGGCGCGGUGGAGUUGAUGAGAAGGAAGACGACGACGAGGAAGUUGAGAUCAAGCCCUUUGUCGCCGUCAAGAGGUCCCUCUCCCAAGAUGACUUAAGCACCAUGCCUACUGCUAGUUUUGACGGUCCUUCAGAAAGGCCAGCAAAAAGGAAGAGAAAGAACCAAAUAAAGGCUAUCUGUCAACGCCCCUUGGGUAAGUGGGAUGCUGAAAUCAGAGAUCCUAGCAAGGGUGUCCAUGUUUGGCUCGGUACUUUCAACAGUGUUGAAGAAGCUGGAAGAGCUUAUGAUGUUGAAGCACGCAAGAUCCGUGGCAAGAAGGCCAAGGUUAGCUUUCCAGAGGAACCAACAGGAUUUGCUGACUUUGCAUCAAACCAGCCACCUAUUCCUGCAAUGAACUCUGAUGCCCCUGUUGAAGCUCCUGAUAUGGAUAUCUAUUCUGACCAGGGAAGUAACUCUUUGUCCUGCUCUGACCUGGGCUGGGAGUAUGACACCAACAGUCUAGAUAUAUCAUCCAUUGCUCCCAUCUCUACCAUUGCUCAAGGAGCAAAAUCUGCGCUUGUCAAGAAUAACACCUAUAACUCAUUGGUGCCUCAUGUUAUGGAGAAUAUUGAUGUCAAUUUCGAACCAUGGAUGAGAUAUCUUAUGCAUGAUAGCGUGGAUGAGCUGAUUGAUAGCCUACUGGAUUUUGAUGUGACUCGGGAUGUCGUUGGCAACAUGGACCUUUGGAGCUUCGAUGACGUGCCCAUACGUGGCAAAUUUUUCUAA